AUGAAGCGGGGGGAUGCAGCUGAGGAUGGGAAUGUAAAUGUUGGUCAAUAUUUGGCCGAUGAUGCAGACUGGCCCGAUGAAGAUGAAGAACCACCGGAACAACAAAUGGCAAUUCCGAUAUGGAAUGCAGAGCCUGGUGAUGAGAAGAUUUUGAAGAAAACUAUGCGGGCCAUUACCAACGGGAAGAGGGUUAUCAACCUUCCAAAAAUGGAUCGGAAUGUGGACUGGUUUUGGAGAGCCAUAGAAGCAACCGGCUUAGAGCCGCUAAUGAGGACCAAUUACAGCAUAAUAGACCACGGGGUUCUCACUGCAUUUGCCGAAAGAUGGCAUUCGGAGACUAGCACCUUUCACAUACCAAUAGGUGAGGUUGGCAUCACAUUGGAUGACGUCCAAUGUCUGUUACAUCUACCGAUCGAGGGAAAGCUGUUGAACCACAGAAAGAUAUCAAGAGCUGAAGGAGUUGAACUUGUGAAUACAUAUCUUGGAGUGCCUGAAUCCAAAUGUUGGGAAUUUUUUAUUGAUACACACGGUCCGCAUAUAACUUAUGGAGGGCUAGCAUUUGUGUAUACUACAAGAUGGGAGGAAAUUGACAAAGCUGUGAAUGAAAACCGACCGAUGCAUGAAAUUACGGUGUUGAGGCAGCAGUGUAUUAGGGCUUUUUUGCUGUUUUUGGUGUGCACUACCAUUUUCAGCAACAAAAGCCAAUUCUACGUCGACGUAGUUUAUUUGAGCUACUUUCAGGAUUUGUCAGAGGUGAAUCAGUGGAAUUGGGAUGUGGCUGCUUUAACAUAUCUGCAGCACUAUUUGGAUGAUUCGUGCAAGGCGGGUGGUAUGCAAGUAGCCGGAUACUUGUCCUUUUAUCAGGGAUGGAUAAUGAUGCACUUUCCAAAAAUGACUGUGUGGCGUAGAGAUCCGAACUACAGAGAGGAGAUGCCACGUAAUGCCACCUUCAGCACUGGACAAGGACAUAGGGAUCAUGUCAUGUAUAGGCAAUUUUUGGAUAACAUGCAGGUUUCUGAUUUUGAAUUUUGUCCAUACGAUGGUCACCGCCAUGUGAGACCCUUGAUUGAUGUUUGCUGGUUUUCUGGUUGGUUGAGGUGCGGGUCAUUGAAGGCAAAACAUUUACCUGAACGUGUACUGCGACAAUUUGGUCAUGUUCAAGGCAUUCCAAGAGACCCUGCUGCGGGUGCUCCAGCUGGGAUGAGUUUGUUGCAGAUUGAUCGAGUGUUUAUGGAAGAGGUUGAGAUGAGAAUGAUUGACGAAGAAAUGAGAGGACCGACUGUUGUGAGAGCAUGGGAUCAUGUACCUGGCUAUAUAUCAUGGUUCUACAAAGUCUCCCAUCCGAUUAUGCGUCCGAUCGCUGCCCCGGAACCACCACCUAGACCAGCAAACUUAGAGGUGCUGAUAGAGGAACAGGAAUCGCAGUCAGUUCCUGAUACUUUGGAUAUAUGCCGCAAUGUCAGAACUGAGCUACGACGCGCACUUGAAGCAAAUGAGGCAUUGCCAGGAACUCUGAUUUAUGAAACUGUGAACAGGGUGUUUGGGUUUGUCGAACCAACAUUUUUGUACCGAUCAAGGCGCAGACUACCGGGUAGAGGAAGAUUUGACUCACAUGAUGCUGCAAGACGCUUUAACACUUAG